CAAGGGGAGGGGAGGAGGAAGGCAUGAGGGAGAGAACGGAAAGAUGGGAUGAAGGAAUGAUUGGAGGGAGAGCGGGUAGGGGGAGAGGAAGAGGAAAUGGGAGACGAAUUAGUCAGGAUGGAGAAGGGGGAGGUAGAGGAGGCAGAGAAAGGAUGGGAGAUCAUGACAAAAUGGAGGGUGGGGGAGGCCAACGGGGGCAGGGACGUUUGGAGGACGACGAAGGAGGAGGAGGAGGAGGAGGACGCGCCGACAAUGGAGGACGAGGAGGAGAAGGACAAGGAGGAGGAGGAGGAGGAGGAGGAGGAGGCGGGGGAGGAGGAAGAAGAGGUGGAGAAGGAGGCUGCCACGAAGACGGAGGAGGAGGAGGGAGAGAACUUAGAGGAGGAAGAAGAAGAAGCGGAGGAGGAAGAGGAGGACGACGACGAGGAGGACGAGGAGUGGGAAGAGGAUGAGGAAGAAGAGGAGGAGGAAGAAGAGAAGGAGGAAGAAGAGAAGGAGGAGGAAGAAGAGGAGAAGGAAGAAGAGGAGGAGGAGGAGGUGAAGGAAAAAGAGGCUACAACGGCGGAGGAGGAUGAAGAAGAAGAAGAGGCGGAGGAGGAGGAGGAAGAAGGAGAAGAAGAAGAGGAGGACGAGCAGGAUUGGCGAGACGAGGAGGAAGAAGAGGAAGCGGGGGAGGAGGAGGCCGUGACAAUGGAGAAGGACGAGGAGAAAGACGAAGAGGAGGAUGACGGUGAUGAAAGAGGAGGAGGACGAGGAGGCCCCGAGCAUGGUGGAGCAGGAGGAGGAGGAGGCCCCGGCAGGGGUGAAGGAGGAAGAGGCAGCGACGGCAGUGGCAGCAGGGGAGGCGGUGGCCCCAAUGAUGGUGGAGGAGGAGAUGAUGAUGGGACAGGGAUUGGCGGGACGAGGAGGAAGAAGAGGAAGCGGGGGAGGAGGAGGCCGUGGCAAUGGAGAAGGACGAAGAGGAGGAUGACGACGGCAAAGGAGGAGGAGGAGGCGGAGGAGGAGGCGGAGGAGGAGGCGGAGGAGAAGGACGAGGAGGCCCCGAUAGGGGUGAAGGAGGAAGAGGCGGCGGCAGUGGCGGUGGCAGCGGCGGAGGAGGUGGAGGAGGAGAGACGACGAGGAUGGGGAGGAGAAUGAGUAGGAGAAGGGCCCGACCAUGGUGGUUGAGGAGGAGGAGGAGGAGAAGGAGGAGGAGGAGUGUGAGGGGGCCGAAGUGAUUGGCCACCAGAUCAUUAUGCCGGCCCUCCCCGCUCUUUUUACAAUCAAUCAAUCAAUCAAUAAAUCAAUCAAUAAAUCAAUCAAUCAACCAACCAAUCAAUCAACCACCCAUGAGAAUGAGUCUGUGUUCCCUCUCAAAAAGAGUUACUUUUUGCAGUUUAAUUAUUGGUUUGAUAUUAAGCCAGGGGAGGAUACUGCAUGCUUUUUUGAACUGUUCCCCCCCUCGGAGCUAGCUUUAGUGGAACUUCAAUGGUUUGGUGGAGGGGGGGCAAACAAUGAAGAAUGAAUCCUCAUUAUCAGAAGGGAUAUAACUGCUAGAUGUGCAUGCCCUUUAUGGCAGUCUUUUCAAGACUGAAGAGGUGGUUUGAUCCUACUGGUUCUCAAUAAAUGGCAGGCUAUCCUCGAACAAAGCACACCGGAACGA